AUCGAGCCAUUGUUAUUAUUGUUUAAUUAAAAUUUCUACAAAAAUUAGUUUUCUUUUCAUGUAUAUUCACAUAUAAGUUUAAUUCAGAAUUAUUUUCUGUACUAGUGGAAUCUGCUUAGGAUAUAAGUACUAACUUAUCCUAUACAUGUAUAUCAAUGUCGACUCGGUAUUCUGAGUUCGACUAUCGAAAAUGUACCAUUGUUUAAUUAAUUUUUCAACUUAUUAUGAUUUAUAGUGGCUUUUUUUUAUACUCAGCGAUUCGGUAACAUUAAUUUCAAUUCAUUUUCAACUCCCUUAUCUUUCGUAACGGUUUAAAUAGAUAUUCUAUUUUGAUCCAUAUGCGUUUACAUAUAUGACUUAAUAAUCGAAAACUACUCAAUUAUAAAAAAUUUAUUAAAGAUGUUCGAGCUAAAAGUGUCAUUGAUUUCAACACUGAGUUUUCAUUUCCACGUGUGACGAGCUAUACUGAUAUUAUUGGUUUAACAUAUUUCCAAUAUAGUUUAGAAGAAAUGAGCUAGUGCAAUAAUAGUGACAAACGCAGUGAUAAAACGUUGAGUGAAAUAAACUUUGUACCUAUCACUUAUCAUUUUUGAUGUUACAAUUUACGAGUAAUCUACUGAGCAGGAUAUAUUACGAAAUUUGUUGAUUUUAUUCUUUCAUCAUAUUCAUAUACUUCAAAUAAUGAAAAGCUAAGUUACUUAGCUAAAUCUAAUUUAUACAUAUAUUGAGUACAUCACUAUUUAGAAGAUACACACUUUUAUUGGUAGUUGUACAUGGCAAGCACUUCAGUGAUCAUAAAUAAGUUUUAUCAUAAGAAGUCUACUCCAAUACAAUUUUUUUGUUAUUACAUCAACUUUGAUUGUUAAACUAAAUAUAAUUCUAAUUUAAUUGUUAAAACUGUUAAUUUUAAUCGGCAAGGUUUUUUUUUUGUUUCCAAUGAAAUCAAGAAAAAUUUGUAAUUAUAUGAAUUAAAUUAAUUAUAAUUAUUAAUACCUGUAAAACUUAAUUGAGAAAUACAGAACUUUAUGCAAGACCCUAAGAAGAUAACGAGAACAGAGACAAACGUAAAAAAAAAGAAUUAUCAGUGAACAAUUGUUUGUAGGGAGCAAUUUAUAAUGCUUUGUUUCGUGCAGGGAAUUCAUACACGUGAAGACUCUAAAUCACGACGAUUAAAAAGUUACAGGCGAUUGAAAUCUAAAAUGAUUGAGUUCAUAGCUUCCUAGAUAAUUGAAUUAAGGAUAUUGAAAUUUGUUGAAGCUGACCUGAAAGAGUACUAUGAGGUAUAAAUAAGUAACAAAAUCAAAAGUGUCGCGUUCGAAACUAUAUGAUUUUGCAUGGAAUAUCCCCUAUAUAGGUCAUCUGGAUCUAUAAGAAAUCGUUCAGCUUCUAAUACUCCCAUUCAAAAAACUGUAGGAUAUGAUCAACAGUCACAACAAACCAGGCCGUCACCGAUUAACGAACAACCACCGAACAUUCGAUCGACAGUAAAUAAUUUUUCAUCACUAAAAAGUCCGAGUCAUGAGGGUUUAAAUAAAUGUUCUGACAGCCAAUUACUGAAGCCUUUAAGCAGGAGUACACCGUCUAUGACUGGUGGCAGUAUUCAGUCACCAACAGUUAUUCGUAGAUCAUCUACAAGAUCAUCUCCAUCUACAAGUAGUGCAAGGCAGAAAAAGUUCAAUCGGCAUUUUACUCAAGUUGCUCCUGAUGAACGUGUUCUCAAUUAUUAUAGUUGUGCUUUAGUAGGUGAUAUCUUAUUGCAAGGUCAUCUGUAUAUUACUUCAAAUUAUUUUGCUUUUUAUAGUAAUGUAUUUGGAUACGUUACUAAACUUCUUAUACCUAUUAUUUCGGUCCAUAAAAUUAGUAAAGAGAAGACUGCCCGAAUAAUUCCUAAUGCAAUAGCUGUAGUAACAGAAGAAGAAAGACAUGUAUUUUGCUCCCUUUUGUCGAGAGAUUCCACAUUCAAAUUAAUGAUACAAGUUUGGGAUUCUGCUUUGGAAGGUAAACAAGCAGUAAGCAAUGUAUCUUUACCUGUUGAAGUAAAGCUUUUACCGGAUACAUUGUUGAUCGAUGAUUCUGAGGCUAAUAUAGAAGAGGAUGAUUCAAGUAUGUCGGAAAGCGGCACAGAUCUCACCUCAAGACCUCCGACUAUUUGUACUGAUACUGAUAGUGUAACUCCUAUUUCUUUAAGACCAAUGCCAGCAUCUCUGAGGUUCGACCAUAAUAUAAGUCCCAAAAAUUUUUCUAAUAAAAAAUUAGAGAAAAUCAGAUCAUUUUGGUGGUUUCGAUUAAGAUCUAGUACUAUAAUGAUACUUUUAGUGGGAUUGUUAGCAGCACUUUAUAUAUCUGCAGCUUUUAUGAUGAUACGUAUUGAUAAAUUACACACCACUUACCUCAAUCAUCCUCUUACUUCGCCAGAAAGAUUUACACAUGAUCAAUUUUUGCAAUACAUCAACAGAAAUCUUGAACAAAUUAUCAGAAUUCGUCAAAGCUUACAAAUUUUGUCACAACAAUUUGUUCAAACGAAGCAAGAUGAUGUCGCUUAUCAUGGUGUUGAAAAGAGUAAAUUAAAAUCUACGGACGUAUUCAAUUGACAUACGGAAACAUUGAAGAUUACCUUCAAAAUCAAGAAGUUUCCAUAUAUUGUUUUAGUACAUCCAAUGGUUCAGAAUAUGCAUCACCUAUUAUAUUUUUUAUUUUAAUGCAUUUCUGUAAUUUAAUUAUGUAAUUUUACCCAUUUUCUAUGGACUAUUAUGUGAAAUAUCGCUUAGAAACUUUUCAAUUUAAAUAUUGAAUGUUAAUGAGCUUCUAAUAAGCUUUUGCAGUGAAUAAGUAAGCAAUUUGACUAAAACAAUAAUAUCUUAAACAAAUAUUAAAAUUUAAAUUUUCAACUAGUCAUUUUUUUAUACUAGAAAAAGAUAAACGAAAAUUAUAGCUUCGAAAGAAAUUGUAAAAAUGUAUAUUAAGAAUAUUCUUAUUUGAAAUUUUAUUUUCUGUUAUUGUUAUAUUCCAGUAUACGAAAGUUCUUGUAGGUAUAUUUAUAUACUCGAAUCAUUUCAACUACAAUACACAUGAAAAUUUCAAAGGGACAUUUCUAUAAUUAAAUUAUUUUCAAACUAGUGGCAUGUCAAUGAUUCCAAUGAUAAAUGGAUUUAACAGAAAAAUUUUUUCAAUCAAAAAAAUUUUUUUAGCCAGCUUAAUUUGUUAUAAAUAGAUAUUAAUGAAGCUAAUAAAAAGUUUGACUGUGAUAGUAAGUGGUUGAACAUAUUGAGAACGUUUUUUGUAUUUAUAGUUCAGCCGUCUGUACAAAGAGAGCAGACUAAGUAUAAUUUAUUAAUUAAAUUAUAUAUAUACAUAUUACAAGAUAGAUAAAUAUUAUAAUCAGUUAAA